AUGGGCCCAGAUUACGGAGGCGGUCUGGGAGGGGACCCUGCCCACGGCCACUCCCUCCCCGGCUCCAUCAACGACGGAGCAUACCAGCUCGAUCGCGACCGACCAAACAUGACGCCCAGCCCGGCCUACCAGAACGGAGCCUAUCCCCCGCCUGCUCGGCCGCCACAGCGAGAGGCUUCGCCCGCCCUGAGCACCAACAGCAACCCCCGGAAGAGCAGCGAACGGAACCGCUCGAGAGGGCGCGGGCGCACCGCCAGUGGCCAGCUCCGGACUUGUCACAAGUGCGGCGAGCCCUUGACCGGCCAGUUUGUGCGCGCUCUGGACGGCACUUUCCAUCUCGACUGCUUCAAGUGCAAGGACUGCGGCUCUAUAGUGGCAUCCAAGUUCUUCCCCGCCGAGGAUGAAGAGGGCGGAGGCCAGUACCCUCUCUGCGAGACCGACUACUUCAGACGACUGGGUCUUCUUUGCUACCAGUGCGGAGGCGCUCUGAGAGGGUCAUACAUCACCGCUCUCGACCGAAAAUACCACGUUGACCAUUUCACAUGCUCGCUUUGCUCGACGGUUUUCGGGGCUCAAGAUAGCUACUAUGAGCACGAUAGCCACGUCUACUGCCGCUACCAUUACUCGACACAGUUUGCCCAGAGGUGCAACGGCUGCCACACGGCGAUCCUCAAGCAGUUCGUCGAAAUAUUUCGCAAUGGCCAGAACCAGCAUUGGCACCCGGAGUGCUAUAUGAUUCAUAAAUUCUGGAAUGUCCGUCUCACGCAGUCAGAGGAAACCGAGGUUCCACCGGCCGAGCUGGAUGAGGAAGGCCGGGAGCUCGUCAAGACGGCAGAGGAGAAGAUGGAGGAAAAGGUCUACAGGAUCUGGAGUGUUCUCUCGGCGUUUGAGGAGUCUUCCGCGGCCUGCAUCUCAGACAUGCUGUUGCACGUGAGCAACGGCGCCUUCAUCGAUGGGAUCCUGACGGCCAAGAAGUUCAUUCUGCAUGUGGACAUCCUUUUCCAGUCGGCAGACAAGCUGGACGAUGCGUUGAGGCGCCUCGACAUGAAGGGUUUAUCCUACGGCCGCGAAUCUAAACUUCUCUGCAAAAAGAUUGUCUCGUUCUUUUCCCUCCUCUCUAAAACGCAGGAGGGUGGCGUCAGACAAUUGGGGGUAACCCAGGAAUUGUUGUCAUUGGUCACAGGUCUUGCCCACUACCUUAAGCUUCUCAUCAGGAUCUGCUUGCAAGGUGCGCUGAAAGCAGAAAAGGAGCACAACACCCAGGAGGAGCUCUACCAGUUCCUGGACGAUCUCGGCGUCAUCGAAACCGCUAAAACCGAGGAUACCAUGCUCCAGGUCACCGUGGGCAUGUCGAGGCUCUCUGCUAACGACUCGGACCAGUGCACCUUGUGUCGCAAACCUAUUGAAGAUGGUUGUGCCUUGAAUGAGGACAAGAGAUGGCACACUGCAUGUGUAUCGUGCGUCCAGUGUGACAAACCACUUGGAGGAGACCUGAGCGAGGCACAACUGCAGCGCGAUCUCAGGAUUUUCUGUACAUCCUGUGCGCGGCAGUAUGGGCAGAUGGGCAAGCCGUUCGAGCGCAUCUCCAAGCUUCAACAGUAUAUAUUCCUCCUCAAAGUUGCGCUAGCAAGACUCUUGAGUCAACUACAGAAGAACGGCGCCCUGGCUCAGUCACUGGGCGGUGAUGCGAACGGUUACGAGUCCCAAGACGGAAAUCAACUUGCACCCGGCAGGGGUGUUCCGAUGUUGACGGCAGAAUCUCGUUCAAAGUCGUACGCUGGUGAGCAGUCAGAUAGGCAUCAAAGAGAGUCGUCCUAUGAGAGCACUCUCAACGAUGUGCGCAGGUUAAGAAGCACCCGUCUAGACAAACAUCUGUCUUCUAGCCUUAGGAAGGCUCGGUCGUCGAGGAUAAUGGACGGGCCCGACGCCCGUGGAGGUCGACCUGGUUCUAUCGGGCCCGAUAACGGCGGUCUCAUGAGCCAGGACAUGCAGAUUGAUGAGGAUCGUGAGCCUGGUCUUGGAGGUUCCACGGAGCAGUAUUUCGGGCACCAAGAUGCUCUGACGCUUGAUGACAUCCCACGAAUUGUUGCCGCUGAGCAGGCCAAGGAGAAACAGCCAGGCGCUUACAACAGACAAUCCCGCCAGGAGCUGUUCCGGUCGCCGGCCACACAUCCAGCGAUUGGUGCAGGCCACCAGCGGUCACAAUCUGAUGGGCGGGCAGGCGACGAUCUUAAGCUGCAGCAAGAAAUGUCCCCUCAGAGGGUUGGGCGCAAAUUCUUCUCGGAACUCUCCGGGCUUGAAUACUUCAUUGUCCGGCACGUUGCUGUUCUGACUAUGCAACCGCUGUUGGAGUCCGACUUCACGAUCGAAGAGCUACUCUCGUUAAUCGAGGCACGAAAGCCGACAUUCUGGAACAAAUUUGGCAAAGCCUUUGGGGGGAAGGACAACCGCAAGAAUAUCAAGAAGAAGGGCGUCUUUGGUGUCCCAUUGGAGGUCAUCAUUGAAAGAGACGGUGCAGAUUCCACUGACGGAGUUGGCCCCGGCGCUUUACGGAUACCUGCCAUGAUCGAAGACACAAUCACUGCCCUGAAGAACAAGGAUCUCUCGGUGGAAGGAGUCUUCCGGAAGAACGGCAACAUCAAGAAGCUGACCGAACAAGUCGCGGCAGUGGACAGAGACGGCUGUGAUGCUAUCAGAUGGAACGACGAAACGCCCCAUCAGCUAGCGGCCCUCUUAAAACGAUAUCUACGAGAACUUCCGGACCCACUAAUGACUCAGAAGCUCUACCGGCUCUGGAUCGCGGCGACCAAGAUCAAAGACAAUGACAAGAGACGGCACUGCUUGCAUCUGACCUGCUGUCUGCUUCCGAAGACUCAGCGUGAUACACUGGAGGUACUGUUUAGUUUCUUGAAAUGGGUGGCAACUUUCCACCAGGUGGACGAAGACACCGGCUCAAGGAUGGACGUACAUAACCUGGCUCGUGUCAUGGCACCGAACAUUCUAUACUGCGCCCAGACCAGUCCCAGCUUCUCGGACGAACCCAUGACUGCUGUGUCGUGUGUGGAAGAACUCAUCCAGUUCAACGAGGAGAUGUGUAUGGUGCCGGACGAGCUCAUGGACAUUGCAAGCGACACUUCCUUAUUUACCGGUAGUGGGGAGAUUACAACCAAGGAGAUCUUGAAGCGUAUUGGCGAACGCUCUGCUAGCGGCCCGAGGCAAUACGAUACCGAGUUCAUCAAUAGGCAGGAUAACUCGCGGCCAAUGGCGACCCGAGUGGACACGGAUCCAGGGGCUUGGCACCAAGAGCGAAGUGUUCGUCCGGUUGGUGAGCCGGCGAUGCCUUACCCAACAAACCCUGGAACACCUCCCCAAAAGUGGCGAAACCCUGACCAUGGCCCAUCCCCCUAUAGCAACCAGCAUGAUGCAGAAAACGCACCUCAAACAGGGGAGAACGGCCAGCGCCGGGAGUGGCGAAAUUCAGGCUGGGGCAGACAGAAUAGCUCUGUUCCCACCGGGACUAGCUGA